AUGGAACCUAUUUCCAAGCUAAGCCAUGAUCCUCUCUUAUCAGAGCUUCUCUUCUCAAAACUCUCACACUUCCUUUGGUCUUGUAUUCUCCUUCUUGUUGCAUCUUCUGAACUGUUCUUACUCUUCCAAAACUCAGAACCAAUGUUCCAUUUUGUUCUUCUAUGCUUCCUCCUUCUCUGUCUCCUUCUAAAGCACACUCUCUCAAGGUCUUCUCCUGUUUACCUUGUUGACUUCUCAUGUCUUAAACCGCCGGGAUCUUGCAGGGUGCCAUUUGCGGCAUUCCUUGAAAACGCUUCCAUGUUUGAAGUCUUUGACGAUGAAAGCUUAGCCUUCAUGGCCAAAGUUCUUCAAACUUCUGGUCAAAGCGAAGAGACUUCCCUCCCUCCUUCACUGCACUACAUCCCUCCGAAAACAGACCAAAAUGAAGCCUUAAGAGAGGUUCACAUGGUUCUCUUCCCCAUCCUUGAUGACCUCUUUGCAAAAACCAAUGUUUCACCCCUUGACAUAGACAUACUCAUAGUUAACUGCAGUGGCUUUUGUCCCUCUCCUUCUCUGGCCUCCAUUAUCAUCAACAAAUACUCCAUGAGAAGUGACAUCAAGAGCUUCAACAUCUCCGGCAUGGGGUGCAGUGCAAGUGCACUAUGCAUAGACAUGGCACAGAAUCUUCUGAGAGUUCACAAGAACUCAAACGCCAUUGUUCUCAGCACAGAGAUUCUCUCAACAGGUUGGUAUUCAGGGAACGAAAAGUCAAAGUUGGUCAUCAACUGCCUCUUCAGGAUGGGAAGCGCCGCUAUUCUUCUCUCGAACAAGAAAGAAGCAAGGAAGCACGCAAAAUACAGGGUGCUUAGGACGCUAAGAACACAAAGAGCCUUCGAAGACAAAGCUUAUGUUUCUGCCAUAAGAGAAGAAGAUUCAGAAGGGAAGCUGGGAGUUACCCUGAAGAGGGACUUACUUCAAGUAGCCGGUGAAACCCUUCGUUCAAACAUCACGAUUCUUGGCUCUGAGAUCUUGCCUUUGUCUGAGAAGUUUCGGUAUUUUGCUUCCCUGAUGAAGAAGAGGUUCUUGUUGACAAAGUGUGAAGGGAUCUACGUUCCGAACUUCAAGACAGUGAUACAGCAUUUCUGCAUGCCGUGUUCGGGGAGGUCAGUAAUCAUGGAAGUGGGGAAAGGCUUGAAGCUUGGGGAGAGAGAGAUGGAACCGGCAUUGAUGACUCUUCACAGGUUCGGGAACCAGUCUUCUUCAUCUCUCUGGUACGAACUUGCUUACUUGGAAGCCAAGGAACGGGUUCACAAAGGUGACAGAAUAUGGCAACUCGGUAUGGGUAGUGGGCCCAAAUGCAACAGUGUUCUCCUCCAAUGUGUCAGGCCCAUCAUUGCUGAGUCCAACAAGGGCCCAUGGGCUGACUGCAUCCAUCGAUACCCCGUAUGGGUUAAUGACUCUUCACCACCUUAG